AUGACUAAAAAAUACGGCAUCACACAUAGAACCAUUAGAGAUUUAUGGAAACGAGCAAUACAAACCAAGGAAGCAAACAAACCAUACAUUGUAGAAUCGAAGUACAAAAAUUGUGGAAGAAAAAGAGUAGUCGUACCACCAAACAUACUUGAGUCUAGACCCAUAGGCGAACACACUUGCAUUAGAGAUGUUGCAACAUGUUUAGAUUUGGCACCGUCAACAGUGUGGAGGUUGAUAAAAAGAGGCGAGAUAAAGGCUCAUUCAAAUCCACUACACCUGGCUUUAACCGAUGCCAACAAAAUAAGAAGGGUGGAGUGGAUUUUGAGCCUUAUCCAAGAAGACACCAUUCAAAGACACCCGAUUUACAAAGUAAUGUACGAUUUUAUUCACAUUGACGAGAAGUGGUUUUAUAUAACCAAGAAAACACAAAGGGUUUAUUUAGCACACGAAGAAAAGGUCCCAUAUAGGGCAGCGAAGUCAUCAAAGUUAAUACCUAAGGCCAUGUUCUUAGGGGCCGUUACUAGGCCUAGAUGUUUUGGCCAAUGUACGUUUGAUGGGAAAACUGAAAUUUUCCCUUUUAUCAAUAGGGUGGCAGCACAAAGAGACUCAAAGAAUCGACCAAGGGGGUCAAUAGAAAUUAAACCAACCGAAUCAGUUAAUCAGGAAGUUUAUAGGAGUAUGCUUAUAAAGCAAUUGAUUCCGACUAUACUAAGAAAAUUGCCAAGUAAAGGACCUUCUAUUAUUUUUAUUCAACAAGAUAAUUCAAGGGUUCAUAUCACAAACGAUGAUCCAAUAUGGCAACAACACAAUAGGCAAGGGGGUUUAACUUUCAUUCUUACUCAACAACAUCCAAAUAGUCCGGAUUGUAAUAUUCUAGACUUGGGUUUAUUUAGAAGCAUACAAUCACUUAUGCAUAAAAAGAUGCCCAAAAACAUGACAGAAUUAAUCACAGUGGUUGAGGAUGCAUUCAGAGAGUUACAUCCAAAGACCUUAACUAAUGUGUGGAUCUUAUUACAACACCAUUUAAGUGAGAUUCUAAAGGUUAAGGUAGAAGCUGUAGCUUUUCUUAACCCAAACAGGGAUCAACAACAAACACAAGCAUUAACAAAGAAUGAGGAUGCUACACAAACAACAGAGAUCAUUCAAGAAGCUUAUGAUUAG